AUGUCUAGUCAAAGUCGUAUUCAUUUCAUUCCUGGUGUAAAGGAAACUCUCAAAAAAGACAAAACACUGAAUGAAAGCAGUAUUCCUUGUAAGAUUGGCUCGAAAAUAACUUUAGAAGAGUAUAAUAACUUUCUUAUGUGUAAAGAGUCUUCUAGAUACAAAUUUCAACAAAAAAAUAAUAGUAACAUAUAUGUAAUAGACAUGAGUAACCCUGAACAUUUCUAUGUAGUUUCAUUGUUACAAGAUUAUUUCAAGGCUGCUAAUGGGAAGUCUUCAUUAAUUCACCAAUACGUGUUACUGGUGAUGGAUGUAAGAGAAUUCCUACUCUUAGCUAAUCGUCAGAAUAUUGGCCAAUUGAUCGAAAAAUGUCAAAAUUGGUUAAAUAUAGUUCAUGUUCGAUAUGUUCUUGGAAUUAAAUUUCAUGAUAAAAGUGAAAGUUAUGAUGACCAAGGACUCAACCAAGUUUUCUGGGAUCCUCCAACAAUUCCAGUUGAUGUUGAAUACAUGUCAGUUGUCACUCCUGCAGUUACUCUUGCUAACUUUACUAUCGAUUU